ACUCUCUCUCAGUCUGCCUCUUGUUUCCUCCCAAUUUCGAACCUCAACCUCACCUCUCGUCUCCUGCACCAACUGGUGUCUAUCUCGAACUGCCCUAGAUAGUUAUCCUUCCCUAUUUUUCUCCUCUGGCCACCACAUUUCCGCCACACCCCUCAACCCAGCCCUGUGAAGAUCACUCACACCUCAUACCGCGCCCUAGGCGCAACCCAACCCACUCCUGCCCGUGCCAUACUCUUGUGAUUACCUUGUCUUGUCGUAGAUCGCGUAUGUACCGUGAUUGGUGACAAGUGUAUCAUCUUGGUCUGCUUUGUAGCGUUGUGCGGAACGUGCUCCCUAUCCCGUCAUGGCUGACGAACCUCGCCGAUCAGGUCGUGCGACCAAAGGCCAACACAAUAAAGACCGAGAUGUCACCGAAGAUGCUACCGCACCUAACACCAAGAAGAAGGGAAAAGGCAAAGGCGCAAAGGCCAAAGUUGUCGAAGAGGAGGAAGAGGAACAGGAAGAGGUUAUCCGCUGUGUCUGUGGGACAUAUGCAGAAGAAGAGGAUGAGCCCCGCGCCAUGAUCUGUUGCGACAAUUGCGCCGCCUGGCAACACAAUUCUUGUAUGGGUCUUCCCGAGGAUUAUGAAGCCGAAAAGUACUUUUGCGAGCAGUGUAAGCCAGAAAACCAUAAGAAGCUUGUCGCCGCCAUCGCAAAAGGAGAGAAACCGUGGGAAGAGGCCAUCAAGCAGAGAGAACAGGCCUUGGCCGAAAAGGCAAAGAAGAAAGGAGGUCGCAAAGGUCGCAAAUCCGCCGGUGCAAAGACAGAAGAUGUCAUUGCCUCAGCUUCGCAAGAACCUCAGGAACCAGAACUCAAGCCAACUCCUGCUACCACUCCUGCUCCAACACCUGCUGUUACCUCGGGCCAAAAGCGCAAGUUGGAAGAAUCCCCAAGUGUCCCUGAGAUCAAGAACAAGAAAGCUCGUGCCACCUCAUCAGCCGAGACAAACGGAUCGAAACCCGAACCUUCACGAGAUGGCAAGCCCAGUCUACCAGAACCACCUUCAAGACAAGCUUCAAGAUCAGAGCCUGCCGGUGGCGCACCAAUCGUUUCGGAUGUGAAAGAACUCACCAACUCCUCACGAAAGAGUGGUGCCACUAGUCUGAUCAAGCUCAUCGACUCGCUGAUCAAGGACGCUGUCAAACAGAAAGAGUACAGCAUCCCACCCAAAACCAGUGCUAUGGAGGUGGCAACCCAGAUUGGACUGCAGGUCGAACAUGCCUUGUAUCACAUCCAAGCCGGAGGCACCGGCGAUCCAAAUGAAGCCUAUAAAAUCCAACUGCGCGCAGUCACAUUCAAUGUCAAGAAAAACCAUGCUCUGGGCGUUCGUCUGCUUACUGGAGAGCUGGAUCCUAAUGUAUUGGCAGGCAUGGAUCCGAAAGAUAUGGCUAGCGAGGAACAGAAGCGCAAAGACGCUCAAGUAUUGAAAGAAAUGGAGAAGCAGCAUACAAUCAUCGAACAAGAGGGCCCAAGAAUCAGACGGACUCACAAGGGAGAUGAGUACGUGGAUGAGUCAAGACAGGUUGCCAAGGAGUCGACCACGUCAAACGCUACAGCAGCAAAGCAGACUGCUACGGAUGAAGAUGGACAAGUCAAAAGUCCUGAGCCCAAGAUCAAGAGCCCCUCUCUUUCUGGCCCCAAUCGUAAAGCCAGUUCACAGGGUAGACCCUCAGUCGACUCAACGCGACGUCAGUCCUCGACCAAUUUCGACAUCGACAGAGUCUUUGCCAACGUCGCAGGCUCCCCAACCACCGGUGGUGACCCAGACGGGCCUCGCUUUGGCGAAUUGCCUGCCCAACAACCAGAUCCAGCAGGCCCUGGCACAAAGGCUGAUGCUGACAUUGACGAAUUGCUCAAGGAUGAGGAAGCCGAAUCUCCCCCUUAUUCACCCAAGGAUUCUUCUGAAGAAGAUGGUGUUGUCUGGCGAGGCAGUGUCAACGGUGGUAGUCUGGGCAAGUUCAACAUUGUCGCCAAAUAUGCAGCUGGUGCCACUCCAGAAAGCGACACCCUCCGUCUGACAUAUCAUCAGCUUCUCUCCGACCAGGUUGUCAUUGCGGGACGAAUCCAACCCAGCAAGGCGGAGGCAUACUUGUGCGGUCUUGAGUACAGCAGUACAUCGGACCUUGUCAUUGUGUAUAUGCCAGAACCGGCCGAAGGUAGUCCUGACCAUCCACAAUUUGUCAAGUUCUUCAACUACUUCAAAACCAAAGAGCGCUUUGGAGUGGGAGUGCAAAGCUCCAUCCCAGCGGUCAAGGAUAUCUAUCUGGUUCCUCUCGAUCAAGGCCAAGAAUUGCCCACUUUUGUCAAGAAGAUCGAACACAACUUCCCGGACCCAACCACGCAGCGGAUGCUUUUGGUGCCUAUUGUCGUCAAAAACAGCGAACUGCCACACAACCAAGCACAAGGGGCAAUGAACAGUCCUGCGGGAGCAGUGGCUCAGACCCCCAUCACCCCUAUGGAUGGCACGUUUGACCAUUCCCAUCCAAACAACCCUUACGGCCAGGCUCCCAGCCUUCCUCCCACUGGAAACGGCGUCAACGGCACACCCAGUCCCUAUCCUGGGGCUCCACCCCACGCUCAAUUCGUCCCACCUCCACAACAACAACAAUACCCCUCAGCGGCGGUGCUCAACGCGCAACGAGUCCUAGGCACGCUUGCCACAGCGCCCGCGGUCGUUCAACUCUGCGAGCAAGUUCCCAGCGCCGGCGAACACGAAUUUGUCAUCGUUAAGGAAUGCAUCGAACGCAAUCCUGAGGCUGGAAGGCGUUUGGAUGUACUCACCAAGAUGUUGCAAGACGUCCAGAAUAUCCGGCAGGGCAAGUGAGCAUCUGUUUUUGGAGUCAGAGAAAGGAACAGAGUGAGAGAACAAGGCAAUACAGGCCCUUGGCCUCUAUGGGAUCCUUAUCUAGAAAAAUUGAUGGUGCUUGACCCUGUUGAACAUGUAAUGGUCGCCCAAGGAUGGCAUGUUCGAAAUUGAACUGGAUAUGACGAGGUGCUCACAGAACACACAAGAUGAUUUUUAUGUCCGAGUUCAACCUUCAUGUUGAUUAUGAUGGUGACGAGAAUGGGAUGGGAUGGCAUUAGCAAUGGCAAUGACAAUGACAAUCGUGGAUUGUGGUUUGUGACCACGUUGUUUGAAUACACUGCUCUCUGGCCAAGUCUCUGCAAAGCAACAACGAAAUGGAUUGCGUGGAAUGAAUGAACCGGCCGACUCAUUUUGACUAGCUUGUAUGAUUGAAGGGACAACAAAAUGGAGAAAGAAAUGGAGAAUGUAUGUAUAGAUGGAGGCAUGAGUACAAGGGAAUGAGAUUCCAUGUCUCGAUUGUGUGAUUAGGUAUUUGGAGUAUUUGGCUGAUGAAUGAGAAUAAUCAGUCAUCGUCGAUCUUUCAUGGAAUAUGGCUUAGCUAUGGUGAGGCAUUGUGACAUUCCCGUUCACGAGGUCAUCGCUACGUUGUUCCUCCAAUUUCCUCCAUUACUCGAC